AUGUCGGAAAUGUCGACCGAGCCGAGAAAGACCGAGGGUGGAUUUGUCACUUAUGGCAAGGAGCCCACUCAGAUUACGUUAAAAGACGACGAUACAGUGUAUGUCAUUGGAUCAGAAGUAGGGAACUAUCUGAGAAUGUUCCGUGGAAAAUUGUACAAGCGAUUUCCUGGUUUAUACAGGCGAACUGCCACAGAAGAAGAGCGUGAGUACAUCAAAAAGACAUCGACAGACCCAAACCAUGCAAAUUUGCCGAGCUCCGUUAGUUUGAUGAAAGCAUCGGAGGUGGACGAAGUCAUGGCGGGAAGAGGAGGAAGGUACAGAACUUCGAAUAAAGUCGAAGCAGAAGAAGUCGAAGAAAAAGUCGAAAAUUACGCGUCCAUGCAAUCCGCUGUUCCAGGAAACAGUACUCCAACGACGCGUAGAUCGUCCCUAGCGCCUAUUCCACAGACAAAUACAAGCGUCGCGCAGCAUUUGGACCCCGUUCCGUUGACGACUCCUUGUCUUAUUUUUGCGAAGAACAAGAAAAAAGUCAGAAGCUACCCGAUGUUCCUCAACUCAAACGUAGACCAUCACGUGCUCAACAACGCAGAUCAGGAAGAAUGCUUGGUUCCUAUACGACUUGAUAUGGAGCUCGAAGGUCAUAAAUUACGAGACUGUUUCACUUGGAACCGGAAUGAAAAGCUCAUCUCCCCGGAACAAUUUGCAGAGCUGAUGUGUGACGAUAUGAAUUUACCACCGGGACUCUUUGUCCGAGCGAUUGCGGAAUCAAUACGCGUCCAAUGUGAUCAAUAUCAGCCAUCUGAAGAUGUUCUCAAAGAGGCAUCUGAUGCGAGAGUCAUUUUGAAGCUAAAUGUGCAUAUUGGAAACAUAUCUGUCGUCGAUCAAAUUGAGUGGGACAUGGCGGAGAGAACAAAUGACCCUGAAGUUUUUGCGAAACAGUACUGCCAAGAACUGGGACUUGGAGGAGAAUUCGUGACGACGAUUGCCUAUUCUAUCAGAGGACAGCUCACCUGGCAUCAAAAGACGUGCUCGUUUUCCGACAAUCCUCUUCCAGUUGUUUCCGUGGCGCUAAGAAACACAACCGAAGCAGACGCCUGGAGCCCUCAAAUGGAAAUCCUGACAGACCAAGAGCUCGCCAAAAAGACCCGCAACCAAGAUCGCAACACUCGUCGCCUCAGGCGCGUUGUUCGCGAAAAUUGGUAG